AUGCGCCUUGGCUGCUUGCCGCUCCUGGCGGGACUGGUAGCUGUUCAGUACAGCUCCGUCUUUGCGCAGGGAGAGACGAAGAUUCACGAGGAGGGUCGCUGUGCGAUUCGUGGCCACUGCGGCAAAAAGUCUUUUUUCGGUGGACAGUUGCCUUGUGUCGAUAAUGGAUUUGCAAAAAAGCCAGCAGCAGAUACACGAGCGAAACUGGUUUCGCUAUGUGGAGAUAAAUGGAAGACGGGGAAUGUUUGCUGCGACGACGAUCAGAUUGCUGCUUUGUCCUCGAACCUGAAGCUGGCCGCGGGUAUAAUUGCCUCAUGUCCGGCUUGCAAAGAAAACUUUUUCAACCUAUUUUGUUCCUUCACGUGCUCUCCGAAUCAGUCGCUUUUUAUCAACGUUACACAAACAGACAAGAUUAAUGGGAGGACAGCGGUGACAGAGCUGGAUAACUUGUGGUCAGAGGGAUAUCAGGCUGGUUUCUACGACAGCUGUAAGGAUGUGAAAAACGGUGCUACGGGCGGCAAGGCAAUGGACUUCAUUGGUGGAGGAGCGAAAAAUUAUUCUCUGUUCUUGAAAUUUUUGGGCGAUAAGAAGCUGCUGGGCAGCCCCUUCCAAAUCAAUUUUGUGACAGGAUCAAAGGGACACGAGGAUUUGGGGAUGCGACCUUUACCAGAGAUUCCAAAAACGUGCAGUGAUUCGGACGAGAAAUAUCGGUGUUCAUGCGUCGACUGCCCCGCUGUUUGUCCCCAGUUACCAGCGUUGACAGAGGAGAGCUAUUGCCAUGUUGGGUAUUUGCCCUGUUUAUCUUUCUCUGUCAUAGUCAUCUAUGCGGUGUUUUUGCUGCUCUUAGUCGCUGGAACUCUUGGUCAUUUCGCCUUCCGGAGACGCCAACAACGAAAACUGGAACGGGUCAGGCUCCUACAAGAUACAAGCCCAAGUGAUGACGAAGAUGAAGGUGAUCUCAUUGACGAUGCUGGCAUUCUCGACCGCCCUCAAACCAGUUAUAGGCUAAAUUCUAUUUUCGAUGCGAUGUUUAACCGCCUUGGUGGUGCUUGUGCUCGUUUCCCGGCAUUAACGAUAACAACAAGCAUUAUAUUAUGUGGCUUGCUAAGCCUGGGAUGGCUACGUUUCGCUGUCGAAAUAGACCCUGUCAAACUCUGGGUGAGCCCAGACUCAGCUGCUGCGCGGGAGAAAGCAUUUUUCGACGAGAAUUUCGGGCCUUUCUUCAGAGCCGAACAAGCAUUUCUCGUUAACGAUACCCAUCCAAGCGGACCAGGGCCUGUUUUAAGCUACGAAACGCUCAGUUGGUGGUUCGACGUGGAGAGUCGAGUUCGCCGCAUGAUUUCGUUGGACAAGGGGCUCUCUCUGGACGAUAUUUGUUUUAACCCGACCGGGAAGGCUUGUGUUGUCCAAUCAUUGACCGGAUAUUUUGGAGGCUCUUUCGCCAAUGUCGACCCCAACACUUGGGAAACUCAUUUGAAGCAUUGCACAGAGUCUCCAGGCUCCGUAGAAUGCCUUCCAGAUUUCCAACAGCCCCUAAAACCAGAAAUGAUUCUCGGUGGUUAUGGACAGACCGAUAACGUGUUGAAUGCCACCGCACUUGUUGUUACAUGGGUGGUUAACAACCAUGCCCCUGGCACAAUAGCGGAGGCUGGAGCAAUAGAUUGGGAGGGUAGCUUGAAGAGAGUGCUCGAGGUGGUUCAAGAGGAAGCAACUGAACACGGUUUACGUGUUUCUUUCAACACUGAAAUCAGCCUUGAGCAAGAAUUGAAUAAGUCUACGAACACGGAUGCCAAAAUUGUGGUAAUCAGCUACGUAAUUAUGUUUCACGAGACAUGCCCUCUCGGCGGUUUGGCUCCUUAUAGCAAUGCCCUAGUUCUCGAUUCAAAACUCGUCAUGACAAACGCAAGCCAUUUCCGAACGAGCCACACUCCCUUGCGUAGCCAGAAAGACUUCAUCAAAGCGUAUGCCUCUGCUCGUCGUAUUGCUGACGGCAUCUCACAAGAGCACGGUAUCGAUGUUUUCCCUUACUCCAAAUUCUAUAUAUUUUUCGACCAGUAUACGUCUAUUAUUCGCCUCACGGGAACAUUGCUCGGGUGCGCAACUGCGAUCAUUUUUGUUGUCACAUCUAUUUUCGUCGGUUCUAUAGCCACAGGCGCAGUCGUAACCGCAACAGUGAUUAUGACUGUUGUCGAUAUCAUCGGAACCAUGGCUAUUGCUAAUGUUUCACUAAAUGCCGUCUCGCUGGUUAACUUAAUUAUCUGUGUCGGUAUCGCGUUUGAGUUCUGUGCACAUGUUGCACGCGCUUUCAUGUUCCCUUCUAGCCCACUCUUGGAGCAGGCUCGAGGUAAAUUCCGACAUCGUACUGCACGCUCGUGGGUGGCAUUGGUCAAUGUUGGCAGCAGUGUCUUCACUGGCAUCACUGUCACCAAACUUCUAGGUGUCUGUGUGCUCGCAUUUACAAGAAGCAAAAUAUUUGAAAUCUACUAUUUCCGGAUUUGGCUGGCACUGGUAAUAUUUGCCGCGUCGCAUGCACUGAUAUUUUUGCCAGUUGCCUUAAGCUUCCUUGGUGGUGACGGAUAUUGUGAUCCUCAAACAGACGGCGGCCUGGAAGAGGACCUCGCCGCGCGAAGAUACCGAUCGUUGUUGCCCGAUGACUAUGAUUCCGAGGACGACUCGUGA